UCAUGUGACUGUCAUGGGGUUCUAGUACCUGCUCCAGGCAUCUAAUUGGAUGCUUUAGGUCAUAUGAGGCUUAAAGGUUGAUUUGUCACAGGUGUUUAGUUGUUGUUUUUUUUUCUUUCUUCCUUCCUUUCCCUCCCCUUUUGAAUAUCUGUUUGUAUCCUAAAAGGUAGACCCAUGCGCUUCUUUAGUCUUCCAAUCUUUCUUUUUCCCCCCCCUCUCUUCUUCCCAGUUGAUCCCAAAGUAACAACAAAUGAUCACGAUGAGCACCACUUGGGGUUGAUGUCUUCAGCAUCAUGAGGAGUAACGAGUCAUGUGAGUUUGAUGUUAAAAAGGACACACUGAGUCUGCUGGAGGCACACCGGCCUGUUAAAAUUGGGAUUAUUUUGGUUCUGGGUGUUAUGAUCACUUUGGGGAACGUGGCUGUGGUGUCGGUGAUUUACUCGGCGGUACCGGGAUGGUCGCGGAACUCGCGAUACUUCUUAUUAUCGUUAACCGGUGCGGACUCGGCGUUCGGUUUGAUCGUCAUGCCGCUGAACCUGUGCGUGAGCCUGGUGAAGGAUUACAGCAGUGAACCCGACCCGUUCUGCCACGUCGUGGCCUUCGUUAACGCCACCGUUUACUCCACGUGCAUGUACACGCUGGCCAGCAUCAGCCUGGAGCGCUACGUGGCCGUGUUUUACCCGCUGCAGUACUCCACCAUGCUGACCCGAAGGCGCUCCCUGAUGCUCAUCGGGUUCGCCUGGCUCUUCCCUCCGGUUCUGCUCGUGCCCAUCACGUGCCCGGAGGGAAUCAUAGACGUGCACUUCUCCAGGGCAUCCCUCGUGUGCAAUCCGGCCUACUCCAGCAACGUGACGUACUCCCUCACCCUCACCUGCUUCAUCUUCUUCCCCUGCUCGGCCCUCAUGACCUUCUGUAACCUCAGGCUUUGGGUCACCGCCAGGGCGCAGCGGAGGAAGUUGAGGAGAUACGGAUCCGGUCGAUGGACCAGACCUGCCGUGGCUUCGCGCGUGCUCGUGCCUGUCAUGACCGCCUACUACACGUGCUGGACCCCCUGCAUGGUCAUCAUGAUCUACACCGCGAUAUCCGGCAGCGGGGUCCCAGAGUGGGUGGAAUUUGUAGCCGUGUGGUUACCGACGUCCAACGGCUUCCUCAACUGUAUCUUUUACUUUUGGAUUAACCAGAGCUUCAGGAGAAAAUUCUACUCGGUUCUGCAGAGGCCGUGUUUCGGACUUUGUCCCGACGCCGAACCCGGACACGACUCUGUGAUCUCUACUUUGAAUAACAACACCAUGCAUGAGAGGUCUUCCAGUGUGUCGUCCACGUGCGCUUUACUCACAGUUGCUGUCGAGACCUACAUCUGAAAGGACAGAACCUUGUGGACUGCAACAGCCGGGCACCCAGAGCUGUAAAGGACUUUCUCUGAGCAAGAGCUGAUGAUGUUCCUGUGGAUCACUGGUUCAUUUUCAACCUCCAUAGUCAUACAGACUUUUAGUUUGUGGGCAAAUUGUGCCUUUUUACAUUCACUGCACCACUUCUGCAUUGUAAUUGUCAUUCCUGGUUGUUUGUGGGGGUUUUUUUCGUUGUUUUUUUAAGAUGCACCUUCUUUUUUUGUCUAUCUUCUUUGCCUUCAUCUUCUUCUACUACUACUACUACUACUUUUAAGCAUUUCCUGUAAUAAAAAAAAAAUCUGUCUCUCUCGUUAUCAGCAUGGACUCCUUUCUGUUUGCAGUUUUCUUUUUUUUUUUCUUUUUCUUUUCCGUUUUUUUACAAAUGUCUUGUUUCCUUACAGUAAUGCAUAUUGCCUGGAAUUGCACCGCAAUUAUUUCCCCCCUCAUUUUAAUGUUCAGUCGACUGGAUAAUGAAAGUUGUGUUCUGUCAGAUUUUAUCAAUAUGUCAACAGCCGGCAGUACAGAAAGGGUAACCUUUAUACAAAAGGAAAGUAAUUAGGCACUUAACGUCAUAUAAAGGUCAGCACAGCUAUGUUUUUUUUAUUUUUUAUUUUUUCUUUUUUUUUUCUUUUCUUCCUUCAUUUGGUAGAGGUCCAUGUGCCCUUUAUCGGCUCUCCUGUUUUACACACGUAGAAAUGGAAUUAAAUUCAGGCUUGUGAAUAUGUAAAGGGUAAACAUUAUAUUUUCUGGCCCUUUUUUUUUUUUUUUUUUUUUUUUGUAUACACUAAUAUCUUGUCUGUCGUAAAAUUGUAAUGUUUUAUACUUGUAUUAAAGGAAAAAAAAGGAAACUUUUGGCAUCAGCUUGUAAGGGUGAUGCCUUGUUUUUUUUUUUGGUUUUGUUAAAGGAAGACUAGAGGCCUGUCGAUGUCUCUGUAACUAAGCAAGUUCUCAGAUAUUGAUUUAAAAAAAAAAAAAAAAUUGUAAAGCAUUUUUGUAAAUAAAUUUUAGUGUUGAUGUUUGUGUUAAAUGUUUGUGCUGUAAAAUAAAGCUUAAAAGCCCUUGUAUUAGA